UGGUGGCAGAAGUACUUCCUGCCCUUUACUGAGGUAGCGCUUGAGCUUCGCCGAAGAGCCAUGUCGGACUCGGAGGAAUAUUCGUCGGAGGAGGAUGAAGAUUACCUACCCUCAGGUGAAGAAUACAGUGAAGAUGAUGUAAAUGAAUUGGUUAAGGAAGAGGAGGAGGAGGAGAAGCCAUCACACAGGGAAAAAUGCAAGAAGAAUUCCAAGGAGAUCACAUGUCGGAAAAGGAACAAAGGAUGUGGCCUCUUCUUAGAACCAGGUGGAGGAGAGGCAUCAAAGGAUGAUGAAAGCGACAGUGAGGAUGGCGAGUUUGCAGAAAGCAAUCCACAUAUGAAAGAAAGUGAUAAAAGACAAAAAGAGGAUGCUUUGUGGGCCAGUUUCCUCAGCGAUGUGGGCCAGAAACCAAAAGCACCUCCUGCAGUUCAGGCGUCUGGCUGCACACAGAAAGACAAGCCAGCUGAAGAGAAGAAUUCAUGCAAACCUCAGGAGGUGGUGGAGGGAUCUGAGAAGAGCAAAGUUGCCAUCACCAAAGUAUUUGACUUUGCAGGUGAAGAGGUGAGGGUCACAAAGGAAGUUGAUGCUACGUCUGAAGAAGCCCGGUUCUUUCUGAAGCAGCAAGAGCAGAAGACUGUCGUCCCAGCAUCCUCGCCUACUGUUUCUGGAGUGAAGCGGCCGAGUGGCAUGAACAGCCUCCUGGGGAAGAUAGGCACCAAAAAGCAGAAGCUCAGCACCCUGGAGAAAUCCAAGCUAGACUGGGAGACCUUCAAAGAAGAGGAGGGCAUCGGGGAGGAGCUGGCCAUCCACAACCGAGGGAAAGAUGGGUACUUGGAGAGGAAAGCGUUUCUGGAGAGGGUUGACCACCGGCAGUUUGAGCAUGAGCGGGACAUACGCCUGAGCAACAUGAAACCUUGAGACUGCUGCAGAGCCCAGUCCGAAUCAUGCCUCUGAUCUGGCUAGCCUCAGAAGGCAGCAACUCAUAGAGUUAUGACCUAUAUGGAUUUUCUUUUUCACCACACUAGUGAAUAGGUGAAUGGAGGUCGCUGUGGCAGGUGAUUUGCCUGCCAAAGAGCUGCUGUGUGCAGGAAAUACCAGAGUGGUUCUGCUGGGCGCUUGUCAGCGGCUGCGGUGGAGGUUUUCCAGAUCUCCCUGCUCCUGGUGGUUAGGAGGGGCAAAGCAAACUUCAUGCUGUGGCAGUAGCCUGCUCAUGACCGCUGCCUGGGCACCACUUCCCUGGGGCAUCAGCUCCAUGGGUCUCCCAAGGGCUGCAGACUCACAGAGCGCCUCCGUGCAGCUGGAGGGCUUUUCUUCCCAAGGACACAAUGCACUCAUGCAUUGUGUCAGCAUUAGGCCCAUUGACCCACUUUCUGAAGACACUUCCUCUUCUCCCUGUGGGAUCUCCGCUCUCGUUUUUUCAUAAACCCUUUCACCAGGAUUUUUUUAAAAAAGCAAGUCCUCUGUCAUGCUCUGCACGAACAUCGGAGGAACAGCAGCGUGCAUGUGAGGAAAGCCGGCAUCCCUUUGUUCCUUUGAAUAAAGUGUUAAAACUUUA